GGAGGGGCGGGAAGUCUUCGACAAGGCGAGAUCGGGCCCUUUCUUUUGAAACGCAAAGUGGGUUUUCUUUAGGGAGGUUUGGAGGGCGUGGAAGAGGGAGUAAAAGAGAGAGAUGACGAAGAAGGAGGGAGGAGGGGGUGAGGGCGGGGCGGCGCCGGCGCUGGCGGUAGAGGAGCUGCCGAGGGCCAUCGUGCGGCGGGUGGUGAAGGACAAGCUGGCUGAGUUGUCCACCGGAGGCGCAGGAGGAGGGGAAGAGGAGGUUAAAGUUCACAAAGACGCGCUCCUGGCCUUCGCGGAGAGCGCCCGCAUCUUUAUCCACUACCUUUCCGCCACUGCAAACGACAUUUGCAAGGAAUCGAAUAGGCAAACAAUCAAUGCAGAGGAUGUUAUCAAGGCACUUGAAGAAAUUGAAUACCCUGAGUUUAUUGAGCCUCUUAGAAUUUCUUUAGAGGAUUUUAGAAGAAAAAAUGUGGCAAAGAAGUCCGGGGCGAAGGCAAAAGAAACAGAUAGAAAACGGAAAUUAGAGCAAGAGAUGCCGACACAGAAUGGAUAUGAUGGUACAGAAGGUGCACCAGAAGAAGAUGAGAAUGGACACGAUGAUAUUGAAGGUGCAGCAGAAGAAGACGCAGAGGAUGAAGGCAAUUCUCCUGAGAAUGAUGGAUGAAGUUCUUUUGCAUUUGAGCUCAUAGUCUUCCUAUUUUGCUUGGCUGUGCUCCUUGUAUAGUAUGGUGAUGACUGAUGGUAGAAUGACUGUCUUGUCAUUGGAGUCCUAACUCCUAACUUUAUGCAAUAAAGUUGCUUUCUGGCA